CAGCAUUCUGUUGACGUUACUAGCCAUGUGUUUAUGUUUGCUUUUGGUGCUUUCAUGUUUGAAUUGGCGAGGGGUUCGUUCGUAGUGGCCAGUGCUCCGGCAGUGGACUGGCCAUGACGAGACUCCCUGUCAGCAUCCAUGUCAUGGCAGUGGAGGGAGUCUUAAGACGCGAGGCUGCUUGCAUUGCAUGGCAUGUUUGGUGGAUGCAGUUUUUUCGCGUGUUUGCGGACUUUAGCUUCCUGGCCUUUGCCUUUGUUCUGAACGACCAGCUGUAUAUCGCAGGGGUAUGUUUUGCUGCGUUUGGAGCUUUCAUGGAUCAUGGUAACCUUCUUCAGCUGUUGCGUCGACCCGCUCUCAUAGUUGCUGGAAGCAGAAGGUCUAUGUUUGGCAUCAACCGAGCAGCAGAGGAACCGCGGUUAACAUUCUUUGCAGGAGUUCGAGCGGCGAUGACCCUCAUGUUGGUGAUUUCAGCCAUUCUAUAUCUGGUUGGCUCCCACCUUUCAGGGCCUGGUGUCAGUCUGUUUGAAAAACGGGCGCAAGGUGCUGCAAAUAUUGCGAUUCAGCAAACUGCUGGAGAUGUUACGAUCCAAGGCGGGACUGAACCAGAGUAUGGAUCCACUUGCAUUCCUGGCUUACGCAUACCAUGUGAUGAAGCGGAAGCCAAGUUUGCGGAAAAAUUCUGGGCUUGCUGUAAGACGGAAGACCUUGCCAGCUGUCCAGCCGCAUGUGACGUUGGUGAUGCGAGGCACGCUGCAAUCAAUAGCCAUAGCCGGACGAGUCAGCUUGUGGAUGGCGACGCAGACUGCUCUCAGAAGGCUCUUCGAUGGAUCGCAGAUUGCAGAUGUCUAAGAUAUCCGGAGUUCUUUGCAUGGGUGCACCGCAACCUUUGCUUUUUGCUACCUUUGGAGGAUGGGGUGAGAGGAUGGAUUGCAAUGAUUGAGCAAAAUGCGUGCAAGCUUUUGAUGCCCUGCUUUUGCAUCCUUCUUGCACCAUGUUGUUUUGCUUGCUUAGCAAUCCUUUUCGACAAGAAGAAAGUAGAUCGCCUUGAGCUCAAAAAGAAGAUCAGAGUCGAAAAAGAGAACUUGGGUCGCUUCCUAGAGCUGGCCAAAGGGAAGGUGUUCUCCGGGCAGAGAUUCAAAGUCCUACUGAGUCUGGAGCUGGGACAUUUUCUUUUGGAUGUUUGCCUUGAUGUCAUGACUCUAUUGAAUCUGGCUUUCAGCCAGCAGUGGACUUUGAUGUCCUUGCAGUUUUUGGUGCUUCUUUUGAGUUUUAUCCAGCAGAUGCGACUUGGAUUCAGGGCCAUUGUAGAUGGCAUCAGACAGUCGUUCGAUGUGGGCUAUCAGACUGACAUAGUUCUUCAAGUAUUGCAGUCUGAGAAGCUCGUAGAAGCUUUUCUUUCUGUCCCCAUCCAAGCCGCUGCUUUGGCCUCCUCCGUCAACAAUCUCUCAGCAAUCCAGCUCACGAUCAGCAUGUUCGUUAGCAUUUUGGGCAUCAGCAAAGCGCUCUACAAACAAAUACAUCUAGACCUCAUCAGCGUGGUCGAUGAAAUAGAGAAGGCAGGCUUUGCUCCGACAGUGUACGGGAUUCGUGACACCGAGUGAAUUUGCGGUUUGGCGAUAGCCAACCAGCUAUUUUUGUGUAAUUAGUCUCCGUGGUUGCUUAGCAAGAAGACAUUGGUUCCCUG